AUGUGUGAAAUCAUUGAGAAUCUUUGCAGUGAUGACAGUGUUCUUCAUAAAUUUCUCACCAUAGCCACUAAACCCCAGAAAUGGCUUCACUUCCUGAUAAUUCUUCCACUGUGGCCAGCUGGCCCUGCGCUUCCCGCCCCGCCGCCUGUUGCUAAGGAGCAGACUGGCGCCAGGCGGGAGGCCCUAGCAACUGAGGCUGGCUGGAGCCCCGAGGACACGGCGCUCGCGGCCGCGCGCAAGAGAAGGAGGAACGUAUUGCGGGGAGACAGACUACUCCCCCCAACCCGUGCCAGCAGCCGCGGGGGAGGGGCCAGCGAGCAUCAGGUGCAGUGGGCGGGACUAGAUGAGUGGGCGGAACCUCGGUGCAGUGGGCGGGGUUUGGCUCGGGCUGUGACAGCCGCCGGUGCAGCCGCCGCCUCCACACAGAAGGGACUUUCCAACCCCAGCGGCGGCUGCGGCGGCGGCGGCUACAGCCCCAGCUCUUUCCCCCCCCUCCCCACCACCUCACACCCCUCCCCCCCAGCCCCUUCCCCUGUACUCCCUUCUCCCCUCCCGGACAGCAGCCGCCUCCUCCUCUCCCCCCACCUCCCAACUUGGCGCUGCUGCUUCUCUCCCUCCCUUCUGUCCUUCCCUACCGCCCUACAGCCCCCACAGCCCAGCCCACCAGCCUGCGAGAUGGGGCUGAAGGGGGAGGAGGAGGCACAGAAGGGACUUUCCAACCCCAGCGGCGGCUGCGGCGGCGGCGGCUACAGCCCCAGCUCUUUCCCCCCCCUCCCCACCACCUCACACCCCUCCCCCCCAGCCCCUUCCCCUGUACUCCCUUCUCCCCUCCCGGACAGCAGCCGCCUCCUCCUCUCCCCCCACCUCCCAACUUGGCGCUGCUGCUUCUCUCCCUCCCUUCUGUCCUUCCCUACCGCCCUACAGCCCCCACAGCCCAGCCCACCAGCCUGCGAGAUGGGGCUGAAGGGGGAGGAGGAGGCUUCUUGCUUCAAGAUUGUGGCUGCUCCUGAUCCUUCUCAGACCCUCAUAUCUUGCCUUGUUGCUGCUGCUACUUCUGUGGUUGCUGAUCCUGCGGCUGAAGGCUCGCGCUUUAGACCCUCUUCCCAGCUCUGCCUGCCCUGUUGCUGCCCAAGCAAAACUCGGGCUUCUCAGUGGGGCGACAUUACAACCGCGGGUCCCCAAACUGAUUGGCAUCUUCCUGGUGCCGGCGCUGCUGUUGCUGCUGCUGUUACUGCUGCUGCUGCUGCUGCAGAAAGGAUGGAUCAUGCUCCAAGUCCAAAAUGUACAGCAUGUCAAGAAAACAUCAUUAAAGAUAAGGUAUUUAAAGAUAAUUGCUGUAAGAGAGAAAUUCUGGCUCUUCAAAUAUAUUGUAGGAAUGAAAGCAAAGGAUGUACAGAACAAUUAACCCUGGGACAUUUGCUGGUACAUUUAAAAAGUGACUGCCAGUUUGAAGAACUUCCAUGUGUCCGUGCUGACUGCAAAGAAAAAAUCCUGCGAAAAGAUUUACAAGGCCAUGUAGAAAAGUCAUGUAAAUACCGAGAAGCAACAUGCCAGUACUGUAAAAGCCAAGUUCCCAUGAUUACACUGCAGAAACAUGAAGAUACAGAGUGUCCAUGUGUUGUUGUCUCAUGCCCACAUAAAUGUAGUGUUCAGACACUUUUGAGGAGUGAGUUGAAUGCACAUUUGUCAGAAUGUAUUAAUGCCCCAAGUACCUGUAGUUUUAAGCGUUAUGGCUGCACUUUUCAGGGAACAAAUCAGCAAAUUAAGACCCAUGAGGCCAGCUCAGCAGUGCAACAUGUUAAUUUACUGAAAGAAUGGAGUAAUUCUCUAGAGAAAAAGGUUUCUUUGCUACAGAAUGAAAGCGUAGAAAAAAACAAAAGUAUACAAAGUUUACACAAUCAGAUAUGUAGCUUUGAAAUAGAAAUUGAAAGACAAAAAGAAAUGCUCCGGAAUAAUGAAUCCAAAAUACUUCAUUUACAGCGAGUAAUUGAUAGUCAGGCUGAGAAACUUAAAGAAUUGGACAAAGAGAUACGUCCCUUCCGACAAAACUGGGAGGAGGCCGAUAGUAUGAAAAGCAGUGUGGAAUCCCUCCAGAAUCGAGUAACAGAACUGGAAAGUGUGGAUAAAAGUGCAGGACAAGCAGCGCGAAACACAGGUUUGCUUGAGACCCAGUUGAGCAGACACGACCAGAUGCUUAGUGUUCAUGACAUUCGCCUGGCUGACAUGGACCUCCGCUUCCAAGUCCUAGAAACCGCCAGCUAUAACGGAGUGUUAAUCUGGAAAAUCCGAGAUUAUAAACGGCGGAAGCAAGAAGCCGUCAUGGGGAAGACCUUGUCGCUGUACAGCCAGCCUUUCUAUACUGGCUACUUCGGCUAUAAGAUGUGUGCUAGGGUUUACCUCAAUGGGGAUGGGAUGGGAAAAGGAACUCACUUGUCUUUGUUUUUUGUCAUAAUGCGUGGAGAAUAUGAUGCUUUGCUUCCUUGGCCAUUUAAGCAAAAAGUGACUCUCAUGUUAAUGGAUCAGGGAUCUUCUCGACGUCAUUUAGGAGAUGCUUUCAAACCUGACCCAAACAGCAGUAGUUUCAAGAAACCUACCGGAGAGAUGAACAUUGCAUCUGGUUGCCCUGUCUUUGUGGCCCAAACUGUUCUAGAAAAUGGGACGUAUAUUAAAGAUGAUACUAUUUUUAUUAAAGUCAUAGUGGAUACAUCGGAUCUUCCGGACCCCUGA